GCAAAUUUUCAAACGUUCAAGGUCGUACCUCGUAACAAUCAGAUAGAAGCAGCUUGUGAUUUACGAACUACUGAAUAAUCGAUUGUCUGCAUCUGCACUUUGAGUUUGGUAACCGCGAUUCGACGGGCGCUCAUUAGGCGAAGAGUCUGUACUCACUUAAUUAUACACUCUAACGCAAAUCAAGCCAUCUGAUCGAGUUCCACCUAACGAUGUCAAAUGUACCGAUCUCGGUAGGAAGUGGAUACUCUUCUUUGACUGGAUUUAUUUUUCUCUUUAACAUAAUUGUGGGCACUGGCGUUUUGACACUUCCAGCCGCGUUUCAGGAAGCAGGAUGGUUGAUCUCUGUAUGUGUUGUAGUUAUUCUGUGCUUUUUGAGCUUUUUAACUUUCACAUUUGUCAUUGAAGCGUUAUCUAUAACCAAUGCAUUACGCAAAUCUAAAUAUCUACGUGAGGGUGAAGAGCAUGGAGAUAAUAAAAGUCUGGUUGAUAGAAUGUCUGGUGGUACAACGAGAAUUGUCCCAAGUGACUUCGAAAUUACGGAGAAAUACGAGCUUGGUCAAAUGUCACUCUUUUAUUUUGGAAAAGUGGGGAAUGUUUUGAUGUACAUCAACAUAUGUGCGUAUUUAUAUGGUGACCUGACCAUUUACUCUUCAGCAGUUCCAAAGUCGUUACGCAAUGUUAUCUGUUCUUUUAAUAACUCACAGGAUUCUUUGUCGGAUUCAGAUCUUUGUUGGGGAUCGUCAUCUCUCACUCGCUUAGAUGUGUAUAGGAUAUUAGUUGUUUGUUUUGGUGCAUGUGUUUGCCCAUUCUUGUUCUUCAAUGUAAUUCGUUCUCGAUGGCUUCAACUACUGACCGUUUGUCUACGAUGGAUUGGUUUUAUUUUGAUGUUGAGUUUUUCAAUUGAAAGAGCUAUUAUUCUGCACGAAAACUUUACAAUUGCAACGUUUCACCAUAAUGUUAGUAUGUAUUGGAAUCCUUCAAUCUAUUCAUUACUUAUAAAAUCUGAACCAGUUCCAAAACCGCCAGCCUUUCAACCUCAAAAUAUACCAAGUUUAUUCGGAGUUUGUGUGUACGUAUUUAUGUGUCAUCAUUCUAUACCUGGUAUUGUAACUCCUGUUAGAGAUAAGAGUAAAAUACUAUGUAGAAUAUUUAUACCUGUCUUCAUUACAGUUCUAUCGUUUAACCUCUUAUUAUCUACUACAGCUAUCAUUGCAUUUAAUCAUAUUGAAGAUAUUUACACAUUGAAUUUUCUACCGAACAAUGAAUUUAUCGACAUAUCACAAAUUCCUUAUACAUUAGCUUUGAUAAUAGGUUAUUUUUUAUGUUUAUUUCCUGUGUUUGCGUUGACUUCAUCUUUUCCAAUAGUUGGAACUAGUUUACUUGGGAACAUUUUUUCUUUAUGUAACUUCUUCUCUGCAUUCGGAAGUGAUAGAGCUCAAAACAUUUUGAAGUACACAUUACCAUUUGUCGUACUACUGCCACCAUUAGGGAUUGCAUUAAUAACUAAUAAUGUUGGAUAUUUAACUGGUUUUACCGGGGCAAUUUUUGGUUCAGGUAUACAGUAUAUAAUACCAGCGCUGUUAGUAUUUAAAGCACGUCGAUACUUUACACACUGUGUUCCUCUGAAAGAAUCUUAUCUUGAAACAACAACAGAUCUACAGCAAAGUGAUGAUACGACAUCGGCAACUGUUGGUGAACAAAUGAUACAACCAAAUUCCAGCAAUAAUAAUACGGAGAAUGAGAAUAUCAUGUAUGGUUCAACAAAUGACAUAACAACACCGCAUUCUGUUUCAAUUAUAGGAAAAUGUUCCAACCAUCAUUUAUUGUCUAUUUCUAUGCAUGCAUCACCAUUUCAGAACUUUUUCUGGAUAAUAAUAGCUUUAAUUUGGGCUUUAUUUUGUACUAUCAUUGUCCUCAUUGACAAAAUACACCAUCUUUGAACGCAACGUUUCUUAGGAUUUCAUUUUUUCUGAAAAAUCUAAACAUGUUUUAUCCCUCUUUAUCAGGACCUCUUUGUUGAUUAUGGUUACUUCUACUGAAUCACAAUAGUGAUUUUAUAUUUUUAAUCAAUACUAAGCUGAUUAAACUAUAUAUAUAUUACACAC